AUGGGCGCGCGGGCGGUCGCAUGGCGGCUGGGCGGCUCGGCGGGCGGCGGGGGGGAGCGUGGGGCGGCGCUGAGCGCGCUGCUGCAGAGCUCGGUGCGGGGCGAGGAGGCGGGCGAGGAGGCGGUGAGGGCGACGAGGCGGCCGCCCCGGGAGGGCUCGGUGCUGCUGUUCCCCGGGCAGGGCAGCCAGUUCGUGGGGAUGGGGCGCGGGCUGCUGCGCUACCCCGGCGUGCGGGACAUGUACCGCGUGGCCGAGGCCGUGCUGGGCUACGACCUGCUCGGCCUCUGCCUGCGGGGGCCGCGGGAAGAGCUGGACCGCACCCGGCACUGCCAGCCCGCCGUGUUCGUCGCCUCCCUGGCCGCCGUGGAGAAGCUCAACCGCCUGCAGCCUAAAGUGGUGGAGAGCUGCGUGGCGGCCGCGGGGUUCAGCGUCGGGGAGUUCGCGGCGCUUGUCUUCGCUGGAGCCCUGGGAUUCCCAGAAGCACUAUACGCGGUGAAAGUGCGUGCUGAAGCCAUGCAAAAGGCGUCGGAAGCUGUCCCCAGUGGAAUGCUUUCGGUUAUCGGUCGGCGAGAGGCAAAUUACAAAUUUGCCUGCUUGGAAGCCCGUAGACACUGUGAAUUGCUGGGUAUAGAAAACCCUGUCUGCGAAGUUUCAAACUACUUGUUUCCAGACAGCAGAGUCAUCGCAGGACACUUGGAGGCUUUGAAGUUUUUGCAGGAGAAUGCCCGAAAAUAUUAUUUUGCACAUACAAAAAUGCUUCCGGUCAGUGGGGCUUUCCAUACUAGGCUUAUGGAAUCAGCAGUGGAGCCAUUGGCUGAAGUCCUAAAAUCGAUUGAGAUUCAGAAACCACUUCUCUGUGUCUAUUCCAAUGUUGAUGGCAAAAAGUACAUGCACUCAAAGCACAUUAAGAAGCUGUUAGUGAAGCAGGUGGUUUCACCUGUUAUGUGGGAGCAGACCAUGCAUUCUGUGUACGAAAGAAAGCAAGGAACGGAAUUUCCUUACACGUAUGAAGUGGGGCCCGGGAAGCAACUCGGAACCAUUCUCAAAAGUUGUAAUUUAAAAGCCUGGAAACAAUAUACCCAUGUGGAUGCUCUGGAAGAUGAUGAGGAAGCAGCAGAGACCUAAGUAGCCUUUUGAGAAAAAUCCACACAACUUGGUUUUUCUGUCUGUUUUAAAAAUAACUUUGUGCUCCCAAAAGAGGAAGUCUUAAACAUUCAUGGCUUCUCAUGGUGAGGAGAGCAGUGUGGGCAUAAUCACAAUGAAUCACGUUUCUUUGUGUGCCUUGGGUGUGGAAGGGAGAGGAAGGUCUGGCUCUUCUCUCUGUGUUGAGACUGCAAAACCACCAAUAAAUGUGCCAAAUAGCCUUCUGUUUGGCCU